CGGUCACGAGUGAUGACACGGAUGACGAGGCGCUCAUGUAUGAGGACGAGGACAGCCAAGAGAUGCCCGAACUGGACCUCAUAGACCUCGAUAUGGACGACGAGAUGAUGAUUAACACCGACGGCGAGGAGGAGGACGAUAGGGAUCCGAACGGCGCCGGCGAAGACUACCUCGACGUGACGGACACCGAGUUUAUACCGACCCGAACGCUGCCAAAGGGCGCCCGCAAGACGUUUCCCAACGGCGGUAACGGCGCGCCACGGCUUAUGAUGUCGUCUCCCAUGAAAAGGAUCCGGAAGUCCGAUAAAAGAGGCUUUAAGACGUCUCAAAAGUUUGGCGACAAAUUCCGGUGCAAUUGGAAAGACUGUGUAUUCAUUUCCAGUUAUAAGCAAAACGUCGAGAGACACUAUAGAGUGCAUACGGGCGAGCGGCCGUUCAAAUGCCAGUUCAACAAGUGUACGUUCUCGGCGUCACAGGCGGGCAAUCUGAAGGUCCACCAGCAAAGACACGGCCACUUCACGCCCAACGCCCACAAGAUUAGGAUUAAGUCAACGCAUAACGCGGUCAGAGCCUCG